AAGCAUGACGAAAAUGUAGAUGAGGAAUGCAAAGGAGACGAAGAAGAAGAAGAAAGGAAUUCCGAUAAGGAGAGCGAUAAACAUGACGACGAACCUGGUUCGAAAAUUCUAGAAGAGAAUGGCAGUCAUGGAGAACAUCCACACAGUGACGAGGAGGAAGAAAAUGUGCACGAAACAAAGGAUCAUGAAAAAGAAGAAGACGAACCAAAGAAAAACCGUAGCGAGAGUCCUCAUGGUGAUAGUGGCAAACAUCGCUCCAGAAGUUCAAGGGAUAGUCGGAAAAGUGAAAGUGAUGAACGUUCUUAUGAUCGCAAGGAACGAAAAGGUGACAAGCGGGACAAGGAUGAUGAAGACAAGGUCACAAAAGACGAAAAAUCGAAGCGUAGCUCAGAAAGAGCAGAAGAUAGUGACAAACGUCAUGAAAGGAGUUCAAGAGAUAGUCGCAAGAACGAACAUCAUUCAAAUGAUCGUGAGGAGGAUACCAAACAAGAUCGGGAAGGAGAACGUAGGCAUAGAAGAGACGAAGAGCGCUCAAAGAAGCAAGAAGACAAAACGAACCGUGAAGAUGGCGACAAGCGUCAUUCAUCGUCAAGUCCAAAAGAAAGUCACAGAAGCGAAGAGCGAUCUCGUCGGCGCGAG